AUGAUCAUAAACCGAAGCUUUAUUCAAGCCCACCUCAGCCCAACAGUGGACUUUGCUAACCAGAAUGGCAUUCACCUCCUCCUACUCCACAUAAUUUCUGGUAGCUGUAGCCUCACCUACUACCAAACCAAGGUCAUUCACAAGGUAAAAGACGAGGUUUACUCUGUGCAUCAUGAUAACCAGGCGUGUGAUGUGUACGCCAAGAUCGAAUUUCCAAUUGCUGCAAAGAAAAACUUUGGGAAUUCACAUCUUUGCGUGGUUGGCACUUGUGACGGGCUAAUUUUCCUUGCAGAUGAUAUCCCCUCUUAUGCUUACAACUUCUUUAUAUGGAACCCAACCAUUAGAAAGUUGGUGACCCUUCCCAGGCCUAGUAUUACCUUUCGGUCGCAUGGUAUGAACAAUGCUUCUCUUGGGUUUGGUUUUGAUGCUAUGACCAAUGACUAUAAGGUUGUGCGAGUUGUGACUUUAUUGGAGGAAGAUGAGCAGCCAACUACAACUCUAGCUGAGGUUUAUUCCCUAGCCACGGGCACAUGGAGCAAUCUUGGUUGCAAAAACUGCAGCAGACGAAGAAGAAGCUUUAACAGAGCCAUCAAAGUUCAUCUUGAGAAAUGA